AUGAAUCCGAAAAUCCCACAACCACACGUGUUCGCUAGAAGGAAAAGUGAACAAGACAUUGCCGUAUUGUUUAUCACAAGUAGCCCUACCGCGCUGCAGAUAGGCCUGCUUACGGAACGGAACUGCAAGCGCACGGCCAGCGGGAGCACUAGGAUACCAACAAUCAAUGCGAAGGCUGUAGACCCUGUGAUUCGAACACGAGGCUGA